CAUCGCUAAACUGUGACAUUCUUGUGCGUUUCGUAUAGAAAAAAAUAAUAUAAAUUUAAUGUAGCAACAGAUCAGCCGUUAUAAAUAAAAAUAAUUCGAUUCAAGCGAUUAUUAGACGGGGAAACUGUUGUACUUGCUGUUGUAAUAACGGUCGUUCGUUUGUUCCAUACAAACGGGCGUGAAUAAUACUUGUUAAACGAAAAAUUCAGCAGGUAAUUAAUAGUAUAAAACCGUAAUCGAUAUUGAAUAAGAAGAAAUUUAUUACGGACGGACGUGUGCAUAGAUUUAACGUUCAUUGACUCCGCCGACGGGUGGUGGCAGCACUUGUACCAAGGUUGUUUUGGGCGGCGCCACUUCACCGCCCUGAUCCAUUCACCCCCCUACACUGCACUCGCAGUAUCUCGCUACGAGGUUCCACCUCUCUUACAGUCUCGUAUACUCGUAUAUUAUCACCCAGCGGCCAGCAGGAGAGUUCCAAUCUGCUUGCGCGACUUUGUGGGGAUAGGCCAGAGCCGUGAAAAUUUAACUCAAUUUAAAAAAAUACCAAGUCACUAAAUAUACUCGGCGCAAUAGAGGCACUAGUGUUUUUGUGCAUCAGUUUGUUAGUGCGCCGUAUACAUUUGGCUCAAUAAGCGAUCAUAAUAUGUGAAUAUUAGUGAGCCAUGAGUUUUCGGAAUCGGCUAUCCCGUGCUGCCAAAAAUAACAACGAAUCACCAUCUAGGAACAAAAACACCACGAGACACGAUUGUUGUAAUACUACUAAGUUGCGUGCAAGUAGUAUUGAGCACGAUCGAAUAAAUGGCAAUCAUGAAGCACAUAGAAAUGCAACUUCUGUAGAUAGAGUGUUGGGUGUUAACAGAAUUCCUAGAUUAAACCAAUUGACAGGAGAAACGAGUUGUGCAGCUAGCUGUAGAACUCCAAAUAGGAUUAUUACAAAAAGUACUGUAAGCCGUUCUAGUCUGAGUUCCCCAAGUACUCCACAAAGAAAGGUGUCAGCCCGAGGCCGAGGAGCUGCUAUACCAUCUCCUCGUUUCAGACGUGAAACAACUGUUCAAAAGAAAACUGUGGAUAACAAAUCAGAUAAGGAAUGCCAAUCAUCAUCUGCAGAUAUGCCAUCCAAACAAUCUUAUCUGUUUGCACAGAACUAUUAUGACACAGGGUCUUGCUCUGUAGAGAUAAUAGAAGAAUCAUGUUCUCCUCAAAUUACAUUACCAAUACCAACAGAAAUAUUAAACACAAAAUCGGCUAUUCUCAAUCGUUCAGACGAUGACGAAGAAAAAGCUACUGGGAUUUCUCCAGAUGGAAGAUUUCUCAAGUUUGAUGAGGAGCUUGGUCAUGGUUCUUUUAAAACAGUUUUUCGAGGUUUGGAUACUCAAACCGGGGUUGCAGUUGCUUGGUGUGAGCUACAGGAAAAUAAAUUAACAAAAACAGAACGUGCUCGAUUCCGUGAAGAAGCUGAAAUGCUUAAAGGUCUACAGCACCCAAAUAUAGUUCGAUUUUAUGACUAUUGGGAAGUUUCUUUGACAAAACGAAAAUAUAUAGUUCUUGUUACUGAACUUAUGACAUCUGGAACAUUGAAGACAUAUUUACGCCGUUUUAAAAAGAUAAAUCCUAAAGUAUUAAAAUCAUGGUGUCGACAAAUUGUUAAAGGUUUAAGUUUCUUGCACUCACGAACACCUCCAAUUAUACACAGAGAUCUAAAAUGUGAUAAUAUUUUCAUUACUGGUACAACUGGAUGUGUAAAAAUUGGUGAUUUAGGAUUGGCUACUCUUAAAAAUCGAUCCUUUGCUAAAUCUGUAAUUGGUACACCUGAGUUUAUGGCUCCUGAAAUGUAUGAAGAACAUUAUGAUGAGAGUGUUGAUGUAUAUGCAUUUGGAAUGUGCAUGCUAGAAAUGGCUACUUCUGAGUAUCCUUAUACAGAAUGCACAGGACCUGCUCAAAUUUAUAAAAAAGUGAUUAGUGGUGUUAAGCCUUUGAGUUUUGAUAAAAUUGAAAAUCCAGAAAUCAAAGAUAUAAUAGAUUCAUGUAUUAAAUUGAAGAAGGAUGAAAGACCAUCAAUCAAAGAACUAUUAGCUCAUGAUUUUUUCACGGAAGAUCCAGGUAUUAAAUUAGAAAUGGUUAGUAGAACGGAGAGUCGAAUUGAAUUUCGUUUACGUGUUCUUGAUCCAAAAAAGCGUUGUAGUAAUAUAUAUAAACACAGAGAAAAUGAAGCAAUUCAAUUUGAUUUUGAUAUCAUCAAUGAUAAUGCAGAUGAUGUAGCAUCUGAAAUGGCUAAAUCUAGUUUAAUUUUGGAGGAAGAUAGUAAAAUUAUUGCCAAGAUGUUAACAAAUCAAGUUUCUAAUUUGAAUAAAGAACAAAAUGAAAAACGAGAUAUGCCAAUUGAUGAAGAAUUAUAUAAGGAUGACAUAAAUACAGAUAUCAAUGGAUUGCAAUUUCGACAACCCGAAACCGUUGUUAUGUAUCAACCACCUAAAUUUGAAGAAGAAAUCAAAUUUGAUAAUGCUUCAAUUGUGCCUGAAAAUUUUCUUAAGCCUUCAAGUGAAAUUAAUGUAGCAGAACUUAUUAAUCAAGAACAAUCAUUAUUACAGACUUCACCAUCUAAAAGUUUACCUCUUCGGUCAGUUGAUACAAUUAGUCAGCUAGACAAUAACAGAAAAAUAUCAAACAUAUCUAAUGCAUCUACAGACUCUGCUUACACAUCUGAUACCAAUAUUACUUAUAAACAGCUUUCUGAUAUGAAUCAAGUUACAAAUAUGGUAGAAUCUGUACCAGAAAGUUAUAUACAGAAUGGUAAUGAUAAUAUUUAUCAUCAAGACUUGACAAUGUAUCAACAUGUUGAGCCAUCAAUUAACCAAGAUACUGCUACAUUUAUUCCAAAUACAAUGACACAAUGGAAUUAUCAGAUUAAUUCUGCCCAAAAUCAACCGUCUACCACAACUGAUGAAGAAUUACAAAGAAAAAUAUCAACAGUAUCUACUGUUUCAAAUUUGUCUUCAUUAUCUUCAGAUUCAGUUCAAGGACUUGUCCUACAAGAUAUUCAGCAUCAUGCUAUUAUACAUGAAGAAAAUGCAUUACAAAAUAAUGUAAGUGUAUUUGCACAAAAUCAAGAAGGAAUAAAUGCAAAUCAGUCUGAAAAUGUAAACUAUUGUAGUACACACUCACCAUCCAAUGAAACAUAUUUGCCACCAAAUGUGUUAACUUAUUCAGAAAACCAAGUAUGUUCAAAUUAUAACAAUCAAGCUAUUGAAGAAAUCAACUUAGUUGAAGAAAAAUCUUCAGAUAAUUUUGAGCCAUUAAGUAACCUUCUAGAGUCAGAUAAUAAACAAAAUUUAAGGGCUGAUCAACAAGAAGAGUCAUCUGUCAUAAAAGAAGUAGCUAGUAGAAAGAAAAGUAGAACUUCUGGUCCCUCAUUAAAUCUUCUUGCAGUUUAUGAGAAUCGUCAAGCUGAAUGUCAAUUAGAAAAUAACAAACACAAAACUGUAACCUUCAGGUUUAAUAUUGAUGAUGUUAUUCCUUAUGAUGUAGCUUACAAAUUGGUCUCUGAAGAUUUGUUAGAAGUAUCCCAUGUGGAUUUAGUGGCUGAAAUGAUGAAAGAUUUAGUUAAUAAACUAAAAUUGGACACACAACCUUCACCUGGUUGUAUUGAUCCACCUUCGUUAAAACAAGAGACUGAUGAAACUCCAAUAAUUAUUGGAAACUCAGAAAAUGUAGCUAAUACAAAUCAAUCUAAUGUUACUGUUACGGAAACCAUAAAAGAAGCCGAAGAAAAGGUAGAGCCUGAGAAAAAAAAACCGGCACGAAAAAUAUCAAGGUUCUUAGUGAGUCCAGUUAUUUCAGAUCAGGUUUUAGAAGAAUGUAACAUUGAUAAGAACACUUUAAAGCAAAGUGGUGAACUGUCUAGUCCAGAAUCACUUCAAAAAAGUAUAUUAAAUGAAAUGAUUUCAUUAGCAAAUACUAAUCAUCAAAAUAUAUCCGUUUGUCCUUCAACUAAUAAUGAAGGUGCAACAUUCAAUCCUGAUACGAUUACUGGUCCAAUGACAGAUUCUAAAUCACAUUCCCAAGCCCAAAUUGAUUCAGCAUGUCAAAAAGGAGGUUCCUUAACUAUAUCUGAACUUCAACAAAAAUUAAUUCAAUUAACAGCUCAACCAUCAGAAUUAUCUAGUACUCCACCUAUUAGUUCUCAUCCUAGUACACCCCAUGGAUAUACUGGUUAUGAAACUUAUAUGAAUAAUCUUCAAAAACGUUUAGCUUCCAUUUCAAUGCCCACUGGAAACAUUCUUGGACCAUUAUCACCUCAAAGUACCUUACAUGCAAUCAGUUCUGCAACAUCUAAAAUUAAAAUUCCCAUUGCUAUUGAAGUUGUUAAGCCUAUGCAACCAGUAGCUAUUGGAGUUGAUGAAGUACAUAUUGGUGAUGAAGUUGGACCAAUUGUAGUACAUGAAGUUCAAGCUCAGUCUAUAGUGACUGGCAACAAAACACCCCAUCAUGUUAUUAUGCCAGAAGAAAACCAAAACCAACAAACUAUGGUUGUACAACCAUUACCUGGUCAUUUCAUUAUGGUUCAAUCAGGAAUCAUCCAGAAUCAAGAUUCAGCUAAUCAGGAUAAUGAAGGUAGUCCAAGACAUAAAGAAGAUAAUAAAGAAAGAAAAGUUAGCCGUGCUCAAUCAGUUGAUUUGCAUAGUUUAGAAAAGAAAUUAUCCAGUAUUCAUAAUAGUACAUACAAAAUACAUUCUUCAAAUGUACUCAAUCAUUCAUUACCUUUAUCAACUGACAAACAUAUAGCACAAUCUGCAGACACGGAUACACAGUGUGAUAAUUUUCAACCAGUUACACACUCGAAUGAUGAAAUAGUGGAUCAAAAAGAUUUAGCUAGCCAAAAUACAGAUAAUUCUAUAUCUACCAACAAAAUUGAAACAGCACAAGUUAUUAAAUUAAAUGUAUCAUCUUUAGAUUUUCAAAAUAUAUUACAAAGACAAUACUAUGAGUUAGAAAGUUUACGUAAACGCCAUUUGGAGGAACUUAAAAAUUUUAUGCAGAUGGUGAGAUCAGAAAGUAUGCAACCUACUAUAUUAUAUGAAGCUUUAUCUCCUCUUUCUAGUUCUAGUAAAAAAUUACCUAAUGAAAAGAGUGGAAAUUCCAGAUCGGCAUCUCCAACAUCUAAUGAUAAUGGAGUGAUGCAAUUCACGCCAACCGGUUUAUACUUUUUACCAGAGUCUGUAAAGCUUUUAUUGCCUUCCACGGUUGAAUCCCAACCCCACGGCACUAAUCAUUAGUCUGAAAAAAAGAAAAUAAUAAUAUCCUGAGCGUAUUUUAACAUUUCGUUAUUCCAUAUUUUUUAUCUAUACUCAAUG